GCGGUGUUGGUGGAGGUUCUCAUUGCCUUUGUAUCUCUCAGCUGGCGGGUGGCGCGGUAGUGCCGGGUUUCGCUUGGCGCUGCACACUCUCCUCGGCCUUGGCGUAGUCCUCCAGGCGGGUGGACGCGGCGACGACUUGGUCACGGUGCGUUUCAGUUGAGUCAGACUCUGCCUUCCGAGGGAUAACACGUUCGUCUUGGUGAGGAGUGCAGACAAGAUCAAUGUGGGGCAAUCAGUUUCAGUCCUCGAAGGGAGGCUCCCAUGGAGGCCAGCAGCAGUCACUGCUUGGACCUGGACCACAAUCCAUACAGCAGGCACUGCUACAGAAUCCAUCACACAUGAUGUCUGGACAGAAGCAAGGCAUCCUUGGAGCUAAACCCCAGCCGCAGCCUCUGCUCCAAGCUCCACGCAUUCCUUCCUUGUUGUCCUCGCAGCCGCUUCUUUCUCAGCUCCCUCACAAACCUGGUCUGCUGCAGCCUUUGGUUCACCUGGGACCACAUGCCCAGCUUGGCCGCAGGCUGGAUUUGGGAUUGCGGCAAAUGGGCAGGAAUGGUCGAAUGGACAUGGGUCGGAGAGGCGACAGGAGGGACAAUUACAAGCGCAUGGGAGGCCAGGGUGGCUCCCAUAAACGAUACCAGGAUAUGGCAUCUGGGGAAGGGCCAGCAAAGAAGGCACGCCAUUACAUUCCCUCGUACAAUGUGCAGUACUCCCGCUUCUGCCUGGACAGCACUGCUUGUGACACAAUUGAAGUGCAGCGUCGAUACCCCUGCCUCAACAUCCCUGACACGUUCUUCGACAGUAGACUGUGCUGGGUGAAUACAUUCCCACUGAACGACCCUUUGCAAAUCGGCCAGAAGUGUGUUUAUCACAUAAUGGAGAAAGGGUUUGAACCUAUUGAGGAACAAGAGAUGGAAAUGGAUCCUCCAGAUGCUGAUUCUACAUACAGUGCCAAGGUGAUUCUGUUGUCCUGCCCAGACCUCAUCGACUUGUACCGCCAGGCAUGCACAUUGGCCGAAGCACCUAAAGAUACAAACGAGACACAUCAGCAUCCCAGUAAACUGAUAAAGUUCCUAGUAGGAAUGAAGGGCAAGGAGGAAGCAGUGGCGAUUGGUGGAAGUUGGUCUCCUUCCCUUGAUGGACCAGGCCCCGAUAAGGAUCCCAGGGUACUCAUCAAGACGGCCAUCCGCACCACUAAGUUCUUGACCGGCAUCGAUCUGAGCGCCUGCACUCAAUGGUUUCGCUUUGCUGAGAUUCGCUACCUUCAGCCUGGAGAGCUCCGUGAGGGGCGGCUGCUCCCAGCCCGCGUGGAGACUGUGGUUGUAUUUCUGCCGGAUGUUUGGCAUUGCCUCCCUACUCGCUUGGAGUGGGACGCACUGUCCCUGGGAUACACGCAACAACUGACUGACAGGGAGCAGGCAGAGCACAAGGACACGGACCGAGAUGAGACUGAAGAGAAGAUGGAAGAGCAAGGGGAAGAAGCUCUCCCCACCCCAACUCAGUGGAGCAACCUGGAUCUGAAGACAAUGAAGGUGGAAGACUUCCGCAGGGAGCUGAAAGCAAGGAAUCUGAACUGGAAAGGCACAAAGGCUCAGCUUGUGAGUCGGCUGGAGAAACAGCUGGAAGAAGAGGCUGCAAAAGAGGAGAUAGAGAAGGAUGAGUCCACGGUGAAGGAGGUGGAAACGGUCAGUACUCCAGAGAAGAGCCCUGAUGAGGAGCAGAAGCAGGAAGGGGAGGCAAAGCAGCCCGAAGAUUCCGCAGCUGCGCCGAAGGAAGAACCUCGCUGCCCCCUCCCAGCCGAGCCUUCUGUGAUUGUCCGCCCCAAUACCGCCGCCAUGGGGGGCAACUUCGGCUGUGCUGUGCUGUCCCUGAGUAAUCUGAGGAGCUAUCGCAUUGACUCCAAGGGCCAUUCAUUUGAGGUGUUGUGGCUUGCAGAGCUCUUCAGCGAGAUGCUACAGAGGGACUUCGGUUACACCAUCUACAAGACCCUGCUGGCGUACCCGGAGAAGAAACCUGAGGAGGUGCCUGAGAAACCAAAGGCAGCUCCUGCCAGUCAGGAACAGGAAUCCAAGGAUCAGGAGGACAAGGCGAAAGAGCUGAAGACCGAAGGGGAAGAGAUGGAUGACUUGGUGGAGAUGAAGGAUGUAGAGGAGGUGAAGGAGACUAGCGAUACAUUGGCCAAACCCACUGCAAUGGAGGAGGAUGAAAAUUGGGAAUGGGAACUGACAAAGCCAGAAGAAGGAGAAACUAAAGAUAAGGAGACAAAAGGAAAGGAAACUGAGGCUGAAGAUGACAACCUCCUGCAGAUGGAUGAUGUUCUCUUCCUGGAAGACAAUGAGGAGGACUUCGGUAUCUCCAAUGCUGGUGAAAAGAAGCAAAAUGAGAAAACCACAGAGGCUGAGAGUGCAUCUGCUAAAGAAACGCAGGAAAAGGAAGUCGCCCAGGUGGUGUCGUUGCGCAAGGAUGUGCUGCUCGCCUUUGUUUACUUCGACCGUAAUCUGUGUAACUACCUGAUGGAGAAGGAUUUAGAGCUGAUCCUCAGCACCCUGGGGCUGCACGUAACCAGAGCCCAGAUAAAGCAGUUGCUAGGGAAGGUGUGCUCCCAGAACAUGUGCCUGUAUCGGAACCUGACAGAUGGCUGUGAAGGGGAUCUGGUUAAAAUGGAGGAUAAAAGUCUUGUGACAGACGACAUGGUGCUGGGUAACCAGCAUCUUCUGCCAACAAACACCAACGUCACAGCAGUCAAGCCCCGGACACGGUCUGGAGACGGCAGCCUUGUCGAGCACAGUGGCAACAUGGUCAAUGUUGGAAACCUAAUCCAGAAACUGGAGCGGGAUGAGAGAAACCGUGCCGACAUGGAAAUAAAGCUGCGCACCGUGGAGAGCCAGCUGGCUGAAGCCAUGGGGAAAGUGUCCUCGAACGACACUGUGAACAAAUCCUUGACUUCCAAGAUAGAGGAGAUGCAGAAGCAGGUGUCCGAGCUGGAGGAUCGGGUCAAAGCGGCCGAGAAACUGAAGAUCUUCUACGAGCUGCGUCUCCAGGACAACACCAGGAAUCUCAAUUCCAUGCUGGAGGAGAUUCAGCGCAUCAUCAAGAAGAAUAACGCUUUGACAGAGAAGGACAAAUGAGGCGCUGGUAAUUGAAAGAAGAAAUCCCUGAUAGAAUCCAUUCACUUCCCACCAGAUGUAGUGACCUGUGUGAACCCUUGCUUUCCUUAUCCUAACAAACACAAAAUGUCUCAACCUGCAACUUUAUCAAAGUGUGCUGUUUGAUUUCUGCGUCGGCCUGUGCACUGUAUCCAGGAUGUACAAUUGAGGAGCAGCAAUUGAUGUGUGUAUUGGUGUAACCAUCCAUGUCUAAGCCACAUCCUCAGUAGGGCGUGCUCUCUCCCCAAACCCCUGCCCGUCACCCCUGUUAGUAUUCUGGCAAACCUGGGCAAGUACAGCCCUUUUCCCCUCUCCAUCGCAAUGUGCCGGCCUGCUGGAGCGCACCAUUCCUUGCACAGACUACUGAUCGCUGUGGAAUCAUUCAUGGGACACACCCUGUUCCAGUUCUUCCUAAGAUUGUGGUCUGUGGGAAUGGAUCCCACUGCCCCCCCCCCUUCCUUUAGAUGCCUUCUUUCUGGACCUUUGACCACCCCCACCCUUCUGUCAGGAUGUCAGUGUUUACAGUAUAAAGGUUCUUCAUUUUUAAAACUUA